ACGGACAGCCCUCUGAGGACAACCCAUUUAAAAGAUGACUGUGAUGAAAAACAAUAAUUAGUUCCCCAGUUAUUAUUUGAAGAGCUUUUACAGAGUGAAUGUUUGAUGGAACUAUAAAAGAUCUUGAAGGCGAAUUUUAACGGAGCAUUAUUAGGGCAGACGGUCAGUGAUCUUCUGUGUGCGGAUGCACUGCGCGCUUCGCUUUCUGAUGAGGCAUCCCCGGCUCUUCAACACACAGAUCCUGUAAAGAUGGAGUUUAGCGAGAGGAAAAGAAGAAGGAAAUCUCAGAGCUUCAAACUGGUCCACGAGCAAGAGCAAGAUUUUGACGCAAGGAGUUUUGACAAUGCCGUCAAUAUACAUGUCAAUGGAGCACCAAAAGAGACUGCCAUGCCAGAAGCCUGGUUGGGUGAUGAGGGUGUGGAGAUUAAGAGACAGAUCACAGGCAUGAUGCGUUUGCUGAGUGACAAGGCCGGCCGGAUGUACCAGCGUGUGGGGGCAGAGGGAAACAGCCUCAAACAGGAGCCCCAGGAGGAGCACCUGAGCUGGGCGCAGCCGGCUGCUUUGCCCCCAGACCUGGAGGACCCCCAGACCAGUGUCUGGAGCUCAGCAGGGGAAACAGAGCCCAGUCCCAUGUCUAUACCCAAUCCAGUCCCCAACGGCCAGGGGUCUGGCCAAUACGGCACACGCUCCAAGACCCAGAGGAUGCUCAACACAACCACCAAAGGCACAGUCAAAACUAAUGAUGUGGCUCCUGCAGUGGUAGAGGCUCCCUGCUGUAUGUGUAACUGUAAAAGCACCUUACAGGCCAUUCUACAGGAGCUACGCACCAUGAGGAGGCUAAUGCAGACACAGAAAGGUUCCCAGGAGAAGCAGGAGCACAGGGCCCCUCCCUGCCCCCCUUGCCCUGUCCCUACAGCUCCGCGUCGCAGACCCCGCAAGAGACGUCCUGUCCACAAGGUUGCUCCACUGAGCGCACCCAGCAAGAGGGCAGCUGUUCCCCCUCUCCCCCCCUCAUCCCCUGCCUGUGUACCCCUGGAGUCCGGGGGAAGGAGGGAGAGGGGGAGCAGAGAGCUGGAGAGACCUGUGCACACCCCUGCCCCACCCUCUACCUCCACCUCACCCGAGCUCUCCAUUCAAACCCUGUCCAUGCAGAACAAGCCCAUCCCUGGUGACGACACACACAAUCCUAACUAUAGACAACCCAAAGCUCCUCAAUCCUCAGAGAGUGAGGUGCGUCUAGCGGAGGACUAUGAGGUGUUUAUUCCCAAGGCCCAGCUGGACUCAAUCCUGGUCAACUACACACGCUCUGGAAGCCUGCUCUUCAGGAAGUUGGUGUGCGCCUUCUUUGACGACACCACGCUAGCUAACUCACUGCCCAACGGCAAGAGGAAGAGAGGUCUGAACGACCAAAGGAAAGGACUGGACCAGAACAUUGUGGGAGCCAUUAAAGUGUUUACAGAGAAGUACUGCACAGCUCACAGAAUAGAGAAGCUGCCAGGCCCUCGAGAUUGGGUCCAGAUACUACAGGACCAGAUCAAACUUGCCCGCAGACGACUAAAGAGAGCAGAGGCUACAGACCCUCAGGACAUCUUCAACAGACCGCGCACAGAAUCUCUUCAGCUGUCUGGAGAGAAGGAGGAGAGGGAGUUUCUAACAACAGGUAACACCACACACACACACACACACACACACACACACACACACACACACACACACUCUCUCUCAGGUUAUAAUUAGAUAAUUUAAUUACAUUUGAUAUAACACUGUUUUAAUUGAAAAUGUGUCCUGUAGGCUGUGACUACAACAAGCCAGCAUGUUUGGUUAAGGUGGGGAAGAAUGUGACUGAUUGAUUCCGGUGCUGUGAAUCAACAACUUGCAAUGAAGAUACAACGCACUGUACUUUAUGUCUUUGUUGCUCCACUAACUUGAUGCGUUGUGCCACUUUAGAAAGUCCAUUUUGGAAGAUGUAUUGUUCUUUUACAGCUAUGUCAAAAUUGUAUUGUGGUUGUAGAGAAAGAAUCAGAACAGUGACCAAAAUAAGUUGGUUAGUGAAAUGUAGUUAGUUUCCAUGGACUGCUUUGUUUUACAUAUGCACACCACAUGCACACACACAGACGCACACAGAAAUACACACACACACACCAGUCUGAUCAGUAUAGUCUAGCUGGUUCUGCUGGCUGACCACCAAAGUCUAGCUAGUUAUGCUGGACGACCAGCAUGGUCUAGCUGGUCUGACCAGCAUGGGCUAGCUGGUUAUGCUGACAGACCAGCCUUCAUUGUGUUUUCACUGGUGACCUACCUGCAUUGUGUUUUUGCUGGUGACCAGCCUUCGCUGUGUUUUCGCUGACAGACCAGCAUCUGUUGUGUUUAUGCUGGUGACCAGCCUUCAUUGUGUUUUCGCUGGUGACAAGCCUUCGUUGUGUUUUUCGCUGGUGACCAGCCUUUGCUGGGUUUUGGACAGUGGUGAUCAUUGAAAAACAUGCUAGCAGAUACCCAGAGACAUAAAAAUGGUAUCCACAAGUUCAUCUGACUCUGGGGAAGUAGAUAAAGGAAGUAGCUCAUUGCCAAAAUUUUCACGUAUCCCUUUUCACGUAUCUUGUUCGAAACAAGAUUCAUGUUAGAAAUUAGAGGAUCAUCCAGAAAGGAGGUCAUGUGGGAAACACUCCCAGCAACAAGCAAAUGUGCCUCCCCACCAUAGACCAGGGUUCAAAUCCAACUCCACCCUUAAUGCUAUGUGUCUGUCUAAGUAAUGCAAAAAAUACUAAAUGUAGAGUGGAAUUUCACUCUCCAUAAAAUUAACACGUUUUUUUUUUAAACGAACACUCAGUGUAAAAUAACCCCUUGGUGUUAAUAACCAGAGUUGAGCGUGAUUGUAUCAUUUCUAGUCUGUAGUAAAACAUUGACACUCAAAACCACACCUAUCAUAUUUCCCAGCAUGCUUUAUUGCAGGUAUAUAUUUUUGAAUUUACUCUGGCCUUGGCAUGUGCGCUCUAGCCAAACGCUUGCAGAUACAGUGCAGGUAGGCUGUGCGGUGGUCUACAUGAUGAGAUUAUUAAGAAUAAGAGCGAGAAUAUAUUUUUGGGUCAAAUGGCAGUCAAGCAUCAAUCAUCAUGUCACCUGAAUAAUACCCUCAAUAUUUAUUGUAAAGGUGCAUCAAUAUCACUGUUCACUUUCACCACCCUGUGAAGUUCAUCAUAACCUUUUUGAUCUGUAGCCUAAUAAACUGCAUGGUUUCCCGAGUCAUAUUGGGAGGACUACACACCAUAUCAUCUCAUGACUCCAAGUUUACUUCGAAAUGAUGGUUAUCAUAUCAGUAUUUGCGCAUGAAGGCGAUUCCAACACAACUCCUUGCAUAGUUAAUUUUACCAACACAAAAAGAUUCCACCAUGUCGAACGAACAAAUGAUCUGUCAGCAUUUAUAAAAUUGUACUGAAGCUACCUGUUUCCAUCACAGCUGACGUGAUUAUUUUUUUUAAUAAGGUAUGACUUUACCCACAUUAAAACUGGAUGGAAAUGUGGUAACUGACAGUCACUCAAUUAGCCCAUGUCAACCAACAUUUUUUAGACUGCUAAAUUAGUCUAGCCAGCUACCUAAACUUAGUAAUCAUGGUUGAAUUACAUGAUUUUGUUUAUCACUUUCCCUCAGAUAUCAUAUUAAAAACUGCAAACAUUUCUCUCCAUCCUAGGGAAAAAUGUGAAGAUUUGCUGUUAGCUGUUAAAUUGUAAAAUAUUUUAUAUGCCCAAUGGAAAAAUAUGUAGAGUGGCAAAAAAUUAUUUCAGGAAAUUAACUUCAGUUUUUUUUCUCCUGUCCAGCGGGGACACUGUUAGGGCUGGCUUUGACUGCAUAUGUGGGUAUGGAUGUGGUUACGCAGACCCGCAAGCCACUGUGGGCCCCUCAUGAUGAGUUCAGAUUUUUUGUGGCCCCCAUCCCGACCCAAAGUUGCCCAUCCCUGGUUUAGGUAGUUUUGUCCAAUUCUCCCUACCUUGGCAGUCAUUCUAAAUGCAGGUUGAAAAUUCCAAUUGCUGGGUAUUACAUAUCACUUUGCAAGCCAGCAUAAUGUGACAUGCCUGUUGUGGCCUGCAAACCAGGAGUUUCAGACUACUGUGUUAGGGUAAAACUAGGCUGUUGAGGUAUAGCCUUAUGAUACCGUAUGUAAUGUAUUGUCAUGAAGGGUAACAUUUUAAGGAUUCUAUAUUCACUUAGGCACUCACUUGGUGAAAGCUACUGGUUUGAUAAGAAUUAAAUGCAAAACCAUGUUUCUGUCACUAGCCAACACAGUCACGGUGACUCACGGGUGGUAAUUGCAAUGUUCACUAACUGGCACUCUGGGAUAUAUGCAGAUAUUUGCCCAUAUUUGCAUAUAUCCCAGUGUGCUAAAUGCAUUAACUCCAGUAAAUGUAAAUUGCACAAUUAUAAUACAAUUCAAGUUUGACCAUUUUUUAAAUUCCAAUUCCAUUCAUUGGGAUGUUUUUAUUUUCCAAGGAUGGUUUUGUUCUUCAAUUCCAAUUCAAUUCAUAUUCAGACAGUCUAAAUCCAAUCCAAUUCCAUUCCAAGGUUCAUGUUCAAUUCCAAUUCAGACAAUCAAAAUUCUUAUUUAAAUCAAAUUAAGUUGUUUGAAGAUUGCUGCAAUUCCAAGUAAAUUCUGUACUUCCUGCGUGAAUUCGAGAAUUGAAUUUGAAAUACAAUUGGAAUUGACCCCAACACUGCUGGUCACCAGCGAAAACACAACGAAGGCUGGUCACUAGUCUGUGCUGGUCUAUGCUGUUUUUUUCAGCAGGGUUGUUGUCUCUUUAUGACUGUUUAUCUGAAAACAAAGGUGGAUAACUUCCUGGUAACUCUUUGUUUUGCACUUGUAAAGUCCCUCAGUCCUACAAAAUAAAAACAACAUCUCUUCCAGGUGACAUCUUUGAACUUAUGAACCUCAAAUGUACGGAUUGCGCCUUUUAAAAUAGUUAUGGUUUUGUAUACCAUGUAGACUGUAAUGUGUUGUCUUAAUGGCAUUCUAACCUGCCACUCACUAUGCACCUCAGUGCCAUUUAUGUUAUUAAUGUGACCAAUAGGACAGUACUGUUUUUAUUUGUGUUCACUGUGCCACCUGCCAACACCUUCAUGUAAGGCUCCUUUGUGUACAUGUACAGUUGACUGUGUAUAAUACAUAUUAAACUAAAUAUGAUCUGA